AUGUUGAAGCGACAUUUUGCAAACAUCCUUUUAUUUAUUUCCCUUUCAAACAUAAUAACACAUGUAAAAAUAAUUAACGGAGAAGUGAAGUAUGGACGUCCAGAAGAAAUGAACAAAGAUGUGUCUGGAUUUUUUGGAUUCAAAUGUAACUUUUCAAGCAAAGGGGUUCAUAGUCUAGAACCGGAUUUAGCAGAAAAAAGAUCCUUAGUGUGUAGUAUAAAUUCUUAUUUUAUUUAUGACAAAAUAAAAUUAACAAUUCCAAAAAAAGUAUCUGGGUCUAAAUUUAAAUUAUUACCAGAAAAAUGUUUCGAAACUGUGUAUACAAAUUAUGAAAAAAAAACGGAAGUGAAUAUAGAUAACCUGGGGUUAGUUGAGUAUGAAGUAAAAGAAGAUGAUACAAAUGCAGAUUUUACAGAAAAAAUUAUAACAAUAUCUCCAUUUAAUACUAAAAAUGUUGAAUUCUUUUGCAUUUGUGAUAAUACAGAGAAGGUUGUCUCCAAUAUAGAAGGAAGGGUUGCACUGGUACAAAUAAAUGUAUUGAAAUAUCCUUAUAACAUUACAUCCAUCAAUUUAACAAAAGAAACAUAUCCUUAUAUACCUAACAUGAUAAAUAAAACUUCUUUUACGUUAAAUAAAUUCUCCAUGGUAUUAAAUGAGGGAGAGUUAGUUGUUUUGGCUUGUGAAAAAAUAGAUGAUAAAUGUUUCAAGAAACCAAAAGACUCUUCAUCUUUAUACAAAAGUAACAAAAUUGUAUACCAUAAAAAUUUCGCCAUAUUUAAAGCACCAUCAUAUGUAAAAUCGGAAGAUGUAACGGCUGAAUGUUCAUGUAAUGUUGAUGACACUAUUUACACACUUACAUUAUCACCUGUGUAUAAUAAAAAGGUUGUUCAUGGAUGUAAUUUUUCUUCUGAUGUAACUACAUAUGAUUUUACUAAUCAUAUUGACAUAGAUGCAUUAGACGAUAAUGCACAAAUUACAUGUAAUGUAGAAUUAACUGAUACUGCUUAUAAUCACUUAAUUGGAUUAAGCUGUCCAGGUGAAAUCUCCCCAGAAUGUUUUUUUCAAGUAUAUGAACAAGAAUCACCUGACUUAGUACCAUCCAAAAUUGUUUAUCUAGAUGCACAAUUAAAUAUUGGAAAUGUUGAAUAUUUUGAAGAUAUCAAUGCAGGAAAUACAGUUAAAAUUUUUGCUCUCGUUGGAAGUAUACCUAAAACUACUUCUUUUUCGUGCAUCUGUCGAAAGGAAAAAAAAGUUGCAUAUGCGUCCUUUAAAAUAGCUUCUGGUUAUUAUGGAUAUUUGGCCAAAAUAUUUAUAUUCUUAGUUGUCAUAGUGCUCUUAUAUAUUUGA